UUUUACUAACAAAUGUAAUUAUUAAGUUUAACAUAAAACUAACAUGUCAGACCCAGGUCAUAGCAUCAAUGUGAUUUUUGGGGGUCAAAAGUAUUUGGUCCCUUUACCAUUGAAUAGCGAUGCAACAUUACUGGACUUAAUGAAGUCAGUAGACUCUAUUUUACACAUUCCAUUUGAUAAACAAAGAAUAAUAUACAAAGGAAGAUCUCUUACUGAUCCUGAUGCAUUAAUUUCUUCAUCCGGUCUCACUCCUGGGUCUAGAGUUAUGAUUCUUGGUUCAGUUGAUAAACUUAAUCCAGAUGAGGCCGUAAAACUUGUCAAGGCAAAAGACACAUCUGAUGCAGUCGAUUUACAACUAAAAGACCUCUCAAACAAGCUAGAUACUAUUUUAUCUCAAAGUAAUUCUGAUAGUUUAGAGGUAACUGCACACGUAAAGUCUACAAUUGACAUUAUGGAGCAGUGCAUGCGUACUCUUGAGCUUCUGGACUCUGUUCGGUUGCCAUACAAUUGCGAAAGUGAACGCACUUGUCGUAAGAAGCUAGUAGACACAAUACAAGUUUUUGUCAUAACUUGUGAACGCCGAUUAAUGUGCAGUGACUUAUCGAUCGGAUCAAUGACGCGUAAAACACGUGCGAGCAGCCUAGAGUCCUGAUUGGCCCUGUUUCCCACCUAGCCCGGUCAGUUGAUUCCAGAACACCGGUCUCAACCUCUGCAAUAUGAAUCAUUUAUUUCAAACAUACGGGGUUUAUAU